AUGUCGCAGUGCAUCAGCUACCGUCAGACAGACCUUUUUUCCAUGUGGCUCCUGCCUUUGCAAGUAAAAUGGCUGACCCCAAGAGGUGUUGUGCCCCUCUUUGGAGAUCUCUAUGGAAGUGCUGCCUCUGCUUCGUAUGGAGUUUGGAGGCUAAGGCCCAAAGGAGGGAUCCCAUUGGAAUUUGGGAAAGACACCCCCUGGACAGAUGGCUAUGUGUUCCACGGGAAUCCUGACAAAGUUUUCCGGGAGUUCUUUGGAGGAGACAACCCCUUUAAUGAAUUCUACAAUAUCCGUGCCGAAAUGAAACGUAUGGUUUUUGAAGCCCGCGAGCGUGGAGUGAAAAAACAGGAUCCUCCGAUCGAGCGGGAUCUCUACCUUUCCCUCGAAGACUUGUUCUACGGGUGCACCAAGAAAAUAAAGAUUUCCCGCAGGGUAAUGAAUGAAGACGGCCACGCGUCCACCAUUAAAGACAAGAUCCUGACCAUCAACGUACAGCCAGGAUGGAGACAGGGAACCAGGAUCACCUUUCCUCAGGAAGGAGACCAGGGCCCAAACAUUAUCCCAGCCGACAUCAUCUUUGUUGUCAAAGAGAAGAUCCACCCUCGAUUCAAGAGGGACAACGACAAUCUGAUCUACGUUGCUAGUAUCCCCCUUGGCAAGGCUCUGAUUGGCUGCACCGUGGACGUGAGAACACUGGACGAGCGGCUGCUGAACAUUCCCAUCAAUGACAUUGUGCACCCCAAGUACUUCAAAAUCGUGCCCGGCGAAGGCAUGCCGCUGCCCAAGGACCCCACCCGCAAGGGGGACCUCAUCAUGUAUUUCGACAUCCUCUUCCCGGCCCGGCUCACGCCAGCCAAGAAGCAUCUGCUGCAGGAAGCCCUCCUGACCUGAAGCGGGCGUGGCCAACCAGCCUCUGCCCACUGCGGAGGGGCUAGUCCAGAAGCAACAUUUUUCCACACACCCCUUUGCCUCGGUUUUGUUCUCAAAAGCAACAGCAAAUAAGCGAACGUGGAAAUCCGCCGACCUGCGUGUGUCACUUUUCCUAUAGAACACAACACCCUGCACAGCGAGAGAUCCAGGGAAAAUCUGAAAGGAGAUGCGCGUCUUAUAACUGCUCUGGCUUUUGCUGCAGCUGUGCGUCUCAGCAAUUCUUCAAGCAGGAGGAAGGCAAGGUGCAAAGAACCAUCUCGAGUGCUUUCGAGACUUAAGCUGGCAAUAAGAAACAGUCAGAAGUGGCACGGAACUCCUGCUGUACAACAGUCAGCUAGAACUCCGUAAAUAAAACUGUUAAGAACCACA